UUGAUUUGAUUUCUUUUUCUAAAACCCCAAAACCUCCGCCGUUCUAAGCCGCUUUCGCCGUUGGCCGUGUGAUUUUCUUCUUCGAGGAUCAGAUUUGGGGUUGGUCUGCACUUCACGGCAAGAAAUAGGAGGCCUCUUUCCCACGCCAUUGUUCUUUUCUUCCUGUUCUGAAUCUGAGCUCAUUUGGUUUCAGAUUGCUUCACUACAUGGAAUCUCUCAUGGGACUUCAUUGACCGCAGACAAUGGAGUUAUCGGAGGAGUGGAAGUCCUUGUUCCCAAUCUCAGCAGUGUUUAAGUCUCCACUCCUUCUUUCAAGCCCUUCCAUUAAACCCAUUUUAGGUCCUCUUGUCUUUAACCCCAUACCCAAUACUAUAUCAUCCCUUUCCUUCUCUUCUUCUCUUUUGCCUCCUUCCCAUCCUUUUCCCCAACUCUCAUUUCCUCAAUUCCUUCUCACAUCUUCUUUUGACUCCUUUCUACCACCCUCUACUUCUUCCUCCAUUGUUUCAGUCUUUGGCACUAACCAUCACCAAACUAAUGUUACUUCUAAUUUCUUAAACAAUCGCCUUGAGUUACUUCGUUGCCCAGGUACAAACAACCUCAUUAUCUUUUUUCCUACUGGUGAAAACUCAGACCAAAUUGGAUUUCUUCUUUUGCAAGUGAAAGAUUCAUGUUCUAAUGUUCGUGACAAUGGUGAUGUUUUCAUGGCUAGUUUUAACUUAAAGCAUCAGAUUUUGAGGAUCUCAGUAAACCCUGUCUUGGAUUCUGGUUCUGAGUUUUCAACUUCGAGAGAAAAUUCGUUUGGCACUAUUGGAUAUUUGUUUGCUUGUACAUUGUACUCUAUUCAUUGGUAUGUUAUAAAAGUCAAAGAAAUUGGUUCAGACACUGAGGUUCCAAGUUUAACUUAUGUGGGUUCUAAGGUCUUUAAAACUUGCUGCAUUGUUCAUGCAUGUUGGAGUCCACAUUUACCGGAAGAAAGCAUUAUUUUGUUAGAGAAUGGAGCAUUAUUCUUGUUUGAUAUGGAAUCUGCCUUGAAAACAGAUGGUUUGAAUGGUAAUUGCAAAGGAAGUAGAUUGAAAGUUUCCUGGGAAGAUUCAAGUCAUUUUGGAGAUCAUAAGUGGCUGAGUUGCGAGUUUAGCUGGCAUCCGAGAAUUUUUAUUGUUGCACGUUCUGAUGCAGUCUUUAUAGUUGAUUUUAGAUAUGAUCAAUGCAAUGUGAAUUGCUUGGCAAAGAUUGAGAUGUUGCAUAUGUACACAUCAAUUGGAAAUGAACGAUUUCAAGCUGUGAAAAAGGCUGGACCUGACGGUUUCCAUUUUGCUCUAGCUUCUGAUAGUUUGUUACUUCUCUGUGAUGUGCGGAAGCCACUAACACCAGUUUUGCAAUGGGCUCAUGGUGUUUCUAAUCCGCGCCACAUUGAUGUAUUUAGGUUGUCUGAUUUAAGAUCCAACUUGCAGGAUGACAUUUACAAGUGGGCUUCUGACUCAGGUUUCUGUAUUAUAGUGGGAUCAUUUUGGAAUUGUGAAUUUAAUCUCUUCUGUUAUGGACCUUCAUCUCAAGCUUUAAAUGGAUCAACAGUUAAUAGAGCAACUAAGUUUGACAAAUCUUAUUAUGCAUGGGGAUACCCGUCGAAUCUCUUGUUGUCGGGUCAUGUGUGUCCCUGUGGAAGCUGUCUUGUGAAAGAAGAGUUCUUAAAAGAUGAUCUUCCAGCAUGGAUUGACUGGCAGCGGAAGAAAGAAGUAAUUUUAGGAUUUGGGAUCAUAAACAAAGAUUUAUCUUCCUUGGUUUCGAAACCUGAUGAAUUUGGUGGUUUUAUGCUGGUAAGGCUUUUGUCUUCUGGAAAACUUGAAUUACAAAGAUACUCUGCCUCAUGGGAAUCCAUAAAACUUAUAGAAGAACCCCAUGAAAAGCUGUCUCAGUUUGAAGAUUAUUUAAUGUUCCCACCAUUCGAUGAGGAAUACAAAUUUCAAAAAACUUAUCAUUACCUUGAUCUUGGCUACCUUAAUAGCUAUUUGAAUGGUAAUCUUGAUGAAAUCAUAGUUUCGAAAAUGAAGCUUCCAUUGACAGGCUCAGGUUCAGUUGUAAAAGAAUAUUUUAGUCUAGAGUUUCAUGAAAUAUUAUGUGAAAAGUUGAAUUUGUGUGGGCUUAGUCGAUCACGGUCAUCUCCUACAGUUACUGUUGUUUUCAGAGAUAUCAAUUUGCCAUCAAGUAUUCAUGAGGUUGCUUUGAGGAGAUUGUGGGCAGACUUGCCUGUGGAUUUUUUACAGAUGGCAUUUUCAAACUACUCUGAAGUCCUUGAAGUGCUUGUGGCUCGUAACCGAAUGUCUUUGGAAUUUUUGGCUGUACCAGACCAUCCUCAACUGCCUCCUUUCUUUCUUAGGAACCCUUCGUUGCGGAGCAAUAAGUGGUCACAGAAAGUUAAACCUCCCGAUCUCCUUGUCGGUCCAGUGCUUCCUCUUCCUAUUUUACUUGCCCUUCACGAGUUUCAUAAUGGUUGUCAAAGUACAGAAGAGCAAUCUGCUGGUUUCACAGCAGAAGCAGAGCUCAGACGUUGUUGUGAUGAGGUUAAGCAAGUAGCACGCGAAGUGGCUAAUUCAGAUUCUGGUUCUGAACUACACAAAGAUCAUGUCAUCUCCCUUGAUGAUGAUAGAGAAGAGAAUGUCUCACAAACAGCAAAACCGUUCUUUUUACACCAUCCGGGUGCAUUUCACACCGGAACAAUCAGCCAUUCAGACGAGCAAUCUGCUUACAAGGAUGAGGUAUUUGGUACCUUGAUUUCUAAAGUAAGUGAAGAGCAUGCUUCUGUUGAUACUACGGAAACUAUGGGGUUAGAAUUUUUCGAUAGUGUUUGCCCAAUUAAGCUGUCGUUUGAUGAUACUUUUGCUAUGAAUUUUGAGAUGAAGGAGUUGAAGGCAUACAAAUUAUUGAAGAAACAAUUCUCAAAAUGGCAAGGUGAUUGUGAUCUAUAUGGUCAAUUUGUGUCCAUGACUAAACCUGUAACUUAAUAUAUUGUAACUUUUGUUUUAGAUUUGAGUUUGAUUAAUUGACAGUAACUGUUUGAAA